AGAUAAAUAAAAGUAUUGUUUAAGAUAAAGCACUAGCAGCCUCAAACCAAUACUCAGAAAAACAGCAAUGUCCAUCUUCACAAUCUUGUUUCUCCUUCUCAUUUCUACAUCAGCACAAGCUCAAAGAAGAUCAUCCAACUUCACCUUAGGCUCUAACCUCACACUCACCUCCAACGCCACAUGGCCUUCCCCCUCCGGCAUCUUCGCCUUCGGAUUCUUCCCCCAACACUUCAACAGCUACGCUGUCGGCAUCUUUCUUCCCGACAAAACCGUCGUCUGGACAGCGAAUAGGGACAGGGACAGCGAUCCGACUGUCCCCAACGACGUCGUCUCCUUGCUACUAACGCCCGAGGGCCGGCUAGUCCUGCGCCGGAGACAAGGCCAAGACGUAGACGUCUUCAGCCUCAACGCAACCAUCGCGUUGGCAUCAAUGCAUGACAACGGCAACUUCGUUCUCUAUGAUUCAAAUUCAAGGAUAAUCUGGCAGAGCUUUGACAACCCGACAGACACCCUCCUUCCCGGCCAGCGCCUCGUGGAAGGGGAAGAGAUCGUCUCCAGCGCCUCGGAGACCGACUACGGGAGAGGGAAUUUCAGGCUGAAGAUGCAGACCGAUGGAAACCUCGUGCAGUAUCCUGUCAAUACGCCGGACGCACCAGCUUACGCUUACUAUGGAUCAAGUACAAACACAGAUGGUAACGUCUCUCUCAACCUCGACAGCGACGGCCGACUCUAUGUGCUGCUCAACGAUACAGUGACUCUGCUGAAUAUAUACAAUGGUGGACUCCCUACGCAGAGAUCCAUCAAUUUCAUGAGGCUCGAUGUCGGAGGAAUCUUCCGCAUCUACUCUCUCUCCCUCGGUGAUCUCAACUUGACCAGGAGAUGGUCCUCCACAGAAGACGAAUGUAAACCCAAAGGUAUCUGCGGAAUCAAUGCCUUCUGCAUUCUGUUGGAUAAUAAGCCGGAUUGUCAGUGUCUUCCCGGUUUCUUUUUCGCUCAAUCCGGAAACCACAAAGCGGGCUGUUCGAGAAACUUCUCGGCGCAGGGCUGUUCCAAUAGAGACAAUAGACUGAAGUACGAUAUGAGAACAGUCGAAAGCACCGUAUGGGAGGAUAGCUCUUAUGAGAUCUUGCAAAUGAAGAUGAGUGAAGAAGAAUGCAGCAAAGCAUGCCUUGAUGACUGCAACUGUGAGGCAGCCUUCUUCAAAGAUGACAGCUGCCAAAAGCAGAAGCUUCCGUUAAGAUUCGGGAGAAGGUCUCUACAAGACUCAAACGUGGCUACUCUCAUUCGCUUUGGUACAAACAUGGUACCCGACAUUGGAGGCGAUUCCAACCGUAAAAGAAUCAUCAAGAAUGAGGGGCAUAUGGACGUCCUCAUCAUCGGAAUUGUUCUCAUGUCCAUAGGCGUCUUCUCGUUGGCAAUUUCUGUGAUCUUUGUUCGCCAGAGGCGGAAGGACUACAAGAAGAUCGGUAAAGAAGAUGGAGCUAACUUCGUAGAGGGAAUUUCACUGCAAGUGUUCACAUUCAAGCAUCUAUCCGAAGCAACAAAUGGCUUCAAGGAAGAGGUGGGGAGAGGAGCAUCUGGCACGGUUUUCAAAGGUGUUAUGCAGAAUGGCAAGAAAAUGGUGGCGGUGAAGAGGUUGGAGAAGGAAUUCGCACAAGGAGAGAUAGAGUUUCAGACAGAGCUGAAGACUAUUGGAAAGAUGUAUCACCGGAACCUAGUCCGGCUCCUAGGUUAUUGCCUCGAUGGGGACAACAAACUGCUUGUGUUCGAGUUCAUGAGCAACGGUUCCCUCGCUGACAUACUUUUCAAUAAAGAGAAACAGCUGAAAUGGGAGGAACGGAUGGAGAUCGCUCGUGAUAUAUCUAGAGGGAUAUUAUAUCUGCACCAAGAGUGCGAGACGCAGAUCAUUCACUGCGAUAUAAAGCCUCAGAACAUACUCAUGGACGACAAUUGGCGUGCAAAGAUAUCUGAUUUUGGGCUGGCAAAGCUCCUGAAACAAGAUCAGACUAAUACAAUUACUGGGAUAAGAGGCACUAAGGGCUAUGUUGCACCAGAGUGGUUCCAAAAGCAGGCGAUCACGGUAAAAGCAGAUGUGUAUAGCUUCGGAGUGGUGCUGCUGGAGAUCAUAUGUUGUAGGAAGUGUGUUGAUCAUAGCAGGAGUGAGGAUGAGGCAAUUCUUGAAGAAUGGGUUUACAAGUGUUUUGUAACUGGGAAGAUUGGGAGUGUGGUGGGGGAUGAAAUGGUGGAUGAGAGUAAAGUGGAGAGGAUGGUGAUGAUAGGGAUAUGGUGUGUGCAAGAUGAGCCGUCGCUACGUCCAACAAUGAAGAACGUUCUGCUAAUGUUGGAGGGUAUUCUCGAGAUUUCCAUACCUCCUAAUCCUUCCUUUUCUUAAGUUCCAUAUAGCCUUACUAUGUGUGUGUCCUCUCUCCGUUGAACUAAUGACCUUGUUGGUUAUGCCACAAGUUUUAAUUAAUUGUUAAGAGUGUAUUGCGAGUGGAAUGUGUUUUAAUAAGUUGUUUCUAUGUUAAGUGAGUGGUAUGCGUUUCAAUAAAUUUUUUGAUUAUGUUGUGAUUGCAAUGAGGAUGUCUUGAGGAAAUUAGUCUUUACAGAUUGGGCAGAGCGACAAAGAUCCCUAUUAAAAUUGAAGGACAAUCAAUUCUGAAAUCAAUACUUGAUAGUUUGAUAGAAGGUUUUUUGUACACAUCAUCGAAAGGGAAAUACAACACAAUUUUUUGCAUCGAGUUA